AUGUAUCGCGCAUGUGUUUUCGCUGUCGCUGGUUGCAACCGGUUUCCCCUAGCGCUCAUCGCCAUCGCCAUCGUCGUCGUCGUCGUCGUGGUCGUCGUGAUCGUCGUCGUUGGCGGCGUCGCCGUCGGUAGGAGUUGGUCGGUCGGGCACACACAGCCGGCCGGCCAGGCCACUCCGUCGUUUGACGCCGUCGCCGUCGCGUUUUCAGAUUCGUCUUGA